GUAACCAGGCGCUCUCGGCCAUGAUGCAGUUCAUUGUUAGACCGAUUCUAAGUUCGAUAAUUUUAGUAUUUUAGUGAAGUUUUGCCUAGUUUUUAGCUGAUUGUAUAUGUUGACCAAGAAACAUGGCCGAAGUGUUCCCCCUCGAUAUCAACGAUACUGUGCCCGAAGAAACUUUAUCAAGUGAAGAUGAUAUUUUUGAGGGUGAAUGCAUUGACGAGCCGAUGGACAACGAUGAUGGAAUGUAUGGGAGCGACACUGAGACUUUGACGAUAUCAGAGGAAAUGGUAAACCCUAAAGAUGAAAAGGUUGGGCCAGAGAGUUUUCAGCUUUUGAAAGUCCUGGGAAAAGGUGGAUAUGGAAAGGUUUUCCAAGUCAAAAAGUGCUCAGGACACAAUAUUGAUAAAAUAUUUGCCAUGAAAGUGCUGAAAAAGGCAGCUAUUAUAAGGAGCCAGAAGGACACAGCCCAUACUAAGGCUGAGCGAAACAUACUUGAAGAAGUGAAGCAUCCAUUCAUUGUAGACCUAAUUUAUGCAUUCCAAACAGGAGGAAAACUGUAUUUGAUUUUAGAAUACUUAAGUGGUGGAGAGUUGUUUAUGCAGUUGGAGAGAGAAGGGAUUUUCCUUGAAGACACAGCUUGUUUUUAUCUGUCUGAGAUAACCCUUGGACUGGAACACCUUCAUAACAUGGGUAUUAUAUACAGAGAUCUAAAACCAGAGAACAUAUUAUUGGAUGCACAAGGACAUGUGAAGCUUACAGAUUUUGGUCUUUGUAAAGAAUCUGUCUUUGAAAAUAACUUAACACAUACGUUUUGUGGGACAAUUGAAUACAUGGCACCAGAAAUCUUAACUCGAAGUGGUCAUGGAAAAGCUGUUGAUUGGUGGAGUCUUGGUGCUCUGAUGUAUGAUAUGCUGACAGGCAGUGUGAGUAUUUGUACAAUGUUGUAAUUUUCUUAUUAUCAUUUCCAAAA